AUGACCAAGAAUCACCCUUCCCUCCGCAAGGCGGCUUCCAAUACUGACCUCUACUCCGACCCGUCACCGCCCCGCCCCCUGCGACACUCGUACUCGACAACCCUGGGUCGCGCCCACACAACGGCGAAUCUGGCACAUCGUCCGCGAUUGGACAGAGUUGUAGAGAGAGGAUGGAGUAAUCGACAAGGCGCGUUUAAUCCGCGUAGCCGCCAUAGCAUCGGUGCAUCCAAUCUCAUCGACCUCGACGACUACCCAGAGCCAUCGAGGCAGCAGAACCCACCGCCAGUGCCACCCAAGAUUCCAGAGCUACCUGCUUCUCAAUCUACUGCGGAACUGCCUAGACCGACUCCUUCUCAUGGUUGGAUUCCCGUGUCGGCGCGCUCCAAGGAGGAUCCCGCUCGUUAUACAAAGCCCUUUACCGAUUACAUGACGAACAACCCUACCAUCUUCCAUGCUGUUGAUGCUGUUGCGCAGGAUCUCGCCAAGGAUGGAUACAAGAAGCUGUCUGAGCGGGAUGCAUGGGAUCUCAAGGCUGGUGGCAAGUACUACGUGGAACGUAACGGUACAUCGCUCAUUGCCUUCGCCAUCGGCGAUAAUUAUAGAUCUGGCAACGGAGCAGCAAUCGUCGCUGGACACAUUGACGCGCUUACAGCCAAAUUGAAGCCCAUCCCCAAACUGCGUACAAAGGCAGGCUAUGUACAACUCGGUGUGGCGCCUUACGCCGGUGCCUUGAACAGCACCUGGUGGGACCGCGACUUGGGUAUUGGUGGAAGAGUGCUUGUCAAGGAGAACGGAAAGAUUGUAACCAAGCUCGUCAGACUGGACUGGCCGAUUGCGAGGAUCCCUACACUGGCGCCGCAUUUCGGUGCUGCGGCUAGCGGCCCGUUUAACAAGGAGACGCAGAUGGUACCGAUUGUCGGUCUUGACAAUAGCGAUAUGAGCAGUACCUCGACAGACGGCGAAGGCUGGAAAGCCAGUGUACUAGGUGGCGAAGGCGCUUUCACUGCAACCCAGCCCGAGAGACUCGUCAAAGCCAUCUCCAAGGAACUAGGCAUAACAGACUACUCCACAAUCGUAAACUGGGAGCUAGAACUCUACGACACCCAACCCGCCUGCACCGGCGGCCUCGACCACGAAUUCAUCUUCGCCGGCCGCAUCGACGACAAACUCUGUUCCUGGGCCGCCAUCCAAGCCCUCCUCAACUCCACGCCCUCCCUCGCCACCUCCUCCCAAGUCCGCAUCGUCGCCCUCUUCGACGACGAAGAAGUCGGUUCGCUCCUCCGACAAGGCGCUCACGGAAACUUCCUUCCAAGCACCAUGCAGCGCAUCGCCGAGCACUUUGCGCCCGCGGGUAGAAGCCAGGCCGCGCUUAGUCGCACGUAUGCAAACUCCUUCCUCGUCUCCAGCGAUGUCAUUCACGCCGUGAAUCCAAAUUUCCUGGGCGCAUACCUGGAAAACCAUGCGCCGAGGCUUAAUGUUGGACCGGCUGUGAGCGCGGAUUCUAAUGCACAUAUGACGACUGAUGCUGUUUCUACGGCCAUCCUGCAACGCUGCGUAGACCGCGAUGUUGGUGCCAGAUCGACGGAUCCUAAGUUACAGGUCUUCCAGAUUAGGAAUGAUAGUCGUAGUGGAGGUACGGUCGGACCCAUGUUGAGUGCGGCGACGGGUAUAAGGGCGAUUGAUUGUGGGAUUCCGCAGUUGAGUAUGCAUUCUAUCCGGGCGACGACGGGCAGUUUGGAUCCAGGGCUGGGUGUUUUUACGUUCCAGAGCUUCUUGGAGAAUUUUGAGGCCGUGGAUGCGGAGUUCAGGGAAUAGUGUUGUGAGAGCAGUAUGGGUUUGGUUGUAGAAUAUAUGAGUGCUUUUGGUGUCUGAA